GGUCAUCCGUUUGCAAGGUCUCCCAAUUGUGGCGGGGACCAUGGACAUUCGCCACUUCUUCUCUGGAUUGACCAUCCCCGAUGGGGGCGUGCAUAUUGUAGGGGGUGAACUGGAUGGCCCAUUGUGUGACUUUGGUUCAGCUGUCCAUUUCCUGUGACCAUCUCAUUGACAAGGACAUCGGCUCCAAGUCUGACCCACUCUGCGUCCUUUUACAGGAUGUGGGAGGGGCCUGGGCUGAGCUUUGCAGGACUGAACGUGUUCGAAACUGCUCAAGCCCUGCAUUCUCCAAGACUCUGCAGAUACAAUACCACUUUGAGACUGUCCAGAAGCUCCGCUUUGGAAUCUAUGACAUAGACAACAAGACACCGGAGCUGGGGGACGAUGACUUCCUAGGGGGAGCCGAAUGCUCCCUGGGUCAGAUUGUGUCCAGCCAGACGCUGACUCUACCCUUGAUGUUGAAGCCUGGGAAGCCUGCAGGGCGGGGAACCAUUACAGUUUCAGCUCAGGAACUAAAGGACAAUCGUGUAGUGACCAUGGAGGUGGAAGCUAGAAACCUAGAUAAGAAGGACUUUCUAGGAAAAUCUGAUCCAUUCUUGGAGUUCUUCCGGCAAGGUGACGGGAAGUGGCACCUGGCAUACAGAACUGAGGUAGUCAAGAACAACCUGAACCCUACCUGGAAGCGCUUCUCCGUCUCUCUUCAGCAUUUCUGCAGUGGGGACCUCAACACACCCAUCCAGGUACGCUGCUCAGACUAUGACAGUGACGGGUCACAUGAUCUCAUUGGUACCUUCCAUACUACCUUGGCCCAACUGCAAGCAGUCCCGGCUGAGUUUGAAUGUAUCCACCCUGAGAAGCAGCAGAGAAAGAAAAGCUACAGGAACUCUGGAACUGUCUUUGUCAAGACUUGCCGGGUGGAGACAGAGUAUUCCUUCCUGGACUAUGUGAUGGGAGGCUGCCAGAUCAACUUUACUGUGGGCAUGGACUUCACUGGCUCCAAUGGUGACCCAUCCUCACCUGACUCCCUGCAUUAUCUGAGCCCUACAGGAGUCAACGAGUAUCUGACGGCACUGUGGAGUGUGGGCAGCGUGGUUCAAGACUAUGACUCAGACAAGCUGUUUCCAGCAUUUGGAUUUGGAGCCCAGGUACCCCCUGACUGGCAGGUCUCACAUGAGUUUGCCUUGAACUUCAAUCCCAGUAAUCCGUACUGUGCAGGCAUCCAAGGUAUCGUAGACGCCUACCGGCAAGCACUGCCCCAAGUUCGUCUCUACGGCCCCACCAACUUUGCACCCAUCAUCAACCAUGUGGCCAGGUUUGCAGCCCAGGCUGCACAGCAAAGGACUGCCUCGCAAUACUUCGUACUGUUGCUUUUGACUGACGGCGCUGUGACAGAUGUAGAGGCCACGUGUAAGGCUGUGGUGGAAGCCUCGAAGCUGCCCAUGUCAGUGAUCAUUGUGGGUGUGGGUGGUGCUGACUUCGAGGUCAUGGAACAGCUGGAUGCUGAUGGUGGCCCUCUUCGUACACGCUCUGGAGAAGCAGCUGCCCGGGACAUAGUGCAGUUUGUGCCUUAUCGACGAUUUCAGAAUGCUCCCCGGGAGACACUUGCACAGACUGUACUUGCAGAAGUGCCCACGCAGAUGGUUUCCUACUUCAAAGCCCAAGGAUGGGCCCCAUUAAAGGCACCUCCAGCCCCAGCCAAGGGCCCCGCACAGGCCCCACAGGCAUAGGUUCCCUUGGAAGAGUAGGCUACAGUCAGUCCUCAGCCCUCAGCCUGGACCAUCCUCUGGGCAUGGACCAACCAUGCACAUUCUUUCCACUUCAUAGGUUGCACUUUUAUAUGUGCUUCUGCCAUUGCUCCUCUUUGACACGCCUGCCUGCCUGGCACCCUCUCAUUCAGAAAAGGAAGACUAGUAAAUUACCACUUUCUCUCAAAAUUAUAGACUGCUAUAGAUAGCCACACCUGCUCUGACCUUGGGCUUAUUGAGUAAAAGAGCUCUUUCGUCUGAUGACCCCAUUCAAGCAAAUUGAGUCCAUUCAUUCCAGUCACAUACUUUGAAAAGACGAAGUUUGAAUAUAAAGUAAGCAUGUGGUUGUCCUUCCCUCUGGGGCGAGCUGAGCUGGGACCAUGAACAAGAUGGAAGGUGCUAACGGGAGAGAAUGACGUUUUAGAGGAGAGUAAGGGCUGUUAGACUUCCUGUGCUAGCUGUCCCUCUGUUUCUUGGGAAUAUUUGUGUGGCCCAAGUUGACCUUCAGUUUACCAUGCUGCAUAGCCUCAUACAUGCUAGGAUUACAGGCAUUGUGCUACCAUGCCUGGUUUACAGUCGAUUUUUUUAUUUGCUUUUUUGACAUAUGAUCUCAUGUAGCCCAAGCUGGCCCUACAUUGUGUAGCCAGGGAUAACUUGAAUUCCUGCUCUUCUACUCCAACUUCCCAAGUGCUAGGAUUAUAAGUAUGCCUCAACUAUGCUUGGCCUUUAACAGCUCAACAGUUUAAUAGCUUUUUUAUAUUAUUAAAGAUUUGACAUGCAUAUUCAUUUUGAGAAAUCUUUAUAGGACACAUCCUAACUUCUUUGCCUAGACUGCCCUUAGACUCCCUGGACUCAGGGUCCUGGAAUAGAAGAACCAGAGUUCACUCAGUACCUCGUUUAUAAACAGGUUUUGUUUGCAGAGUGGAGGAGGGGAGCUCCUAAAUGCAGAAUUAGAACUUCACUGGUCCUGAUGCUCAGUCAUGGGGGGUGGGGGGCAGAGGGGUAACUGUAAAAUUUGUUUACUAAUCUAAUGAAACAUUUUUUCAGAUGCCAGUAUUAUAUAAACAUAGACAAUGGGAACAAAGAUUGGCUCAUGGUUGUAAUCCCAACACUCAAAAGUCUGAGGCAGGAGGAUUGUGUGAGUCUGAUAUGGACUUGAGGUUUCAAGUCAGACAAAAUUUUAAAAAGCUAACACAUACGCUGUUUGUAUCUGGUUUGCAUUUAUUUUGAAUGCCUUCUCCACCAAUCCUUACUGCCCCUCUCCUUUUUCAUGUCUAUUAUUCUUUUAUAAGAAUAUACCAGAGUUUGGUAAUUCAGCUCCUUACUGAGAUUCAUUUUAUUGUGCUUUUGAGGAAUUGGUUUUUCAGUGUGGAAAUUAUAUUGGUGUGCAAGGGAUAUUUAGAAUGUUAGCAUUAUUACAGGUUGCCCUCUGUAGAGAGGUAUGGUUUGAUUCAUCCUAUCUGUUAACCUGCGGUUGCCUUCCGUCCCCAGAUCUCAUUUCUAGUUUCCAUUUACUUCUCUAUGUGGGCUAGGUCUUAUUUCACACACAUUUCCUUGUUUCUCGGGAACCUGUUCAUGGAGAGCUUUCAUUCUGUUGUUGUUCUUGACAUGUUGAAAGUAUUUUCCCCUCGGCUAUUACCGUUUCAUGUUUUUUAUACUCAAUAUGCAAAUUUAUUUUUAUAUAUGCUAACCUUUUAAAAAAUGUAUCCAUAUAUCAAUAAUAAUAUAUACAACCGCGUCA